UGCUUUUAGUUAAAAAUUAUGUUGUAAUUGUUACUAGGAAAGAAUUCAUAUAACUUUAAAGUAUUUUUCAUCAAAUAUCUGUGUUACUGUGAUAAAAGUGAGUUAUGUUCUGAUGUGCUGUUUUCUAGCAGUAAUGUAAUAUUACACUUACACGCACUGUGCAGUUUGUAGGCCAACCAAUACAGCUAUCUGAUAAUUCUCUAUAAACUACCUAGUGUUAGCAACUAUACUUGCUGCUAUAUGGCUAUUUCAAAAUAUGGAAACUACCUCAUUCAGGCUUUUCAUUUUUAAAUUUCAGUGAAGUAAAGUAACAACACAUAUGACAUUUCUACCUUUUCAAAACUUAAAAGAUUUUUGAUAAUUCAUUAUGAAAUUUUUGCGGUCCUGGAUAGUAUCAAACAAAUCUUUUAGAUGAUUCAAAAUUUUUCUUUCAUCUUGAGCUGCGUGGAAAAUAUUUUGAUUGAUUGUUUUGUUCACAUUAAUGUUGUGGUUUUAAUUACAUUCAUUGUGCUGUACCUUGACUAAAAGAACCAUUAAUUAUUAGCCUUUGUGCAGUUCUCAAACAAAGCAGUAAAAGAGGCGAAGGUAAUGUUUCAGCUGUAAUGCUAUAUCCAGUAUGUUGUAAAUUGCUCUUCUUCCAUUUGUAAUAAUGGUUUGCUCUGUCAUGUGUGUAUAAUGUCCUUGGCAUAUUAGGAUUCUUUGAAAUGAUAUCCUCAGUUGUGUUCCAGACUUUUAUAAUGAGGGAAUACAUCUUGGAUAAAUAGUUGAUAGCAAAUUCGUUCUUAAUCCUUUAAUCUGGAGUGAACAGUCUAGUUUUGUAUAUUGUCAUGCAUCAUAACCAUGGUAGUCUGUGAUCCAAACUUACUGUACAGAAGAUUUAAAUCUCUUGUGAUUUUAUAGUAAAACUGGCUGCUGUUAGUGUAACUAAGAGCUGUAGUAGUACAACAAGCUCUUUGAAAAAAACUUCUCUUAUUUGAGGGCAAUGGGGAUCAUUUUUCUGCCCGUACAAGUGGAGGUUGUUAAAAUAGAUCAAAAAUCACUUUAAGUGAAUACCAAGAUGUUUGCUUCAAAAAGUUAGUGACAGAUUUUCUGUUACUUCCUGGUCCAGUAUGAUGAAUUACUUUCCUUCAUUGAUCUAAUUUCAUGUAGUAAGCAUAAAUGUUUCCAUCAGCCAAGUGAAAUUUGGUCAUUGUUUUGGAUGUAAGUUAUUUUUUAUACAUUUGAAACUUAAGAUUGGUUAUAAAUCAGUUUCCAGUAUGAGUCUGAAGGAAAAAAUGUGAUUUCUUUUAGAUGUUUAGUUUACAAUCCUGUCCUAAGCAAAUGUUAUGGGUAGGUUCCUGAAUCGCAAUACAUUUCUAUAUAACACAGCAGCAGUUAUUUCCAUCUGUUGUUUGUAUUUUGUCAGGCAUUGUGUCUGGCUUUACACAGUUGUAUUAAAAAUGGUUAAUGUUGCUUGGAUUUGUGUUCAGUGCACCACAAAUGGCUUAAGAACUUGAAAACACAGUUGAAAACGCGCAGAUCAGUUUUUUUAUUGUAAUUUGGUUAGUUAAAAACAUGCAGAUCAAUUUUGUGUUGUAACUUGGCUCACAUGGCUCAAGGAAUGCUAGCCUGUUUUUCUAAUUUUUCAUGAUAAGUUUAUAAAAAUAAAUUUAUAGCAGUAUUGUGAUGGCAGUACAUCAGUGGCACAAAUAUUAGUAAAUAUAGGUCAUGUCACUGCCAUGUGCCAAAUCUAAAGCCUCAUUUGAUAUCUGCAACAGUAUGUGUAAUUUUUCUUGUCAUCCUCUUCGUUCAAAAGAAAUUGAGUAAUGUGUUUAGGGUAUGGUUUGUCAUGUUUAUGGCAGUGAUCUCAUACUGUCGUUCAAUUCAGUCUUCUAGCAGAAGAGGAACCAUACGAAGUCUGGAGCCCUUGCUAAGACGAGAUGUGGCAGCAUCCAGAUCCCAAGAAAAUCCAGAUCAACCUAACGGGCUUCCUUAAUGGAAAGAAUGCAAGAAUAUUCAUGUCAGAGUUGUGGGAGCUAUUGCUGUCAGCACAAGAUUCAGUUAGUGGGAUCCCUGUGCAGUUUCUUGAGCAGAAGAAGGAAGAGAUAAAAAAGAGAAUGGAGGAACAAGACAGGCUUCAGGAGGCAAUGAAGACUAAACUUGAAAAGGGUAAGGAGCGAGACAGCAGUAAAGAUCGCAAACGGAGCAGAGACCGUGAAAGGGAGAGAGACAGGAAACGGAGCAGAUCAAGAGAGAGGCACAGAGACCGUGACAGAGAAAAGGAGAAGAAAGAGCGUGACAAGAACAGGGAAAGGGAAGAGAAGGAGAGGGAGAAAGAGAAGGAAAGAGAAAAAGAACGUGAAAAGGAACGAGAACGUGAAAGGGAAAGAGAGAAGGAAAAAGAGAAGGAGAAGGAGAGGGAGCGAGAGAGAGAACGUGAAAAGGAGAGGGAAAGAGAGAAAGAAAGAGAACGAGAAAAAGAAAAGGAACGUGAGAAGGAGCGAGAAAGGGAAAAAAGACGGAAUGAAAACAACCACCAUUCAUCUUCUGGAUCAGAAUCACCACCACUAUCAAAGAUUUCAAAUUCCCACAGUGGAAAUGGUCAUACUAAAAGGGAACCUUCAUCCUCUCCAGAACCACCUCCACCAGGAGAGGAACCAAACAUUGAGCUUCCAAAAAUGCCAGUGUCAAGCCUGCAGGCGAAGCUGAUGAGCCUUGCGGGUGGACCCCGGCCGAAGACAAGAUCCAGGUCAGCCUCUAGGUCGAGGUCACGCUCACAUACCAGCUCACCAUCCAGAUCACGAUCGCACUCCAGCCAUUCGCGGUCGAAGUCAAGGUCACGUUCAGUGGACAACAGCAGCAAAAGGCUGCCACCACAGAAGUCAGAAUCUCGGUCUCGGUCACGAUCGCGAUCCCGUUCCCGCUCGCGCUCACGUGGCAGUUCAUCGGCCUCUGACAGAGGGGGUGAUUUUGGUGAAGGAUCUGAUGGUCGUGCAUCUCGUUCCUCUAGCAAACAUUCUAGAAGUUCAGUUUCAAGUCGUAGCUUGUCUUCAUCUUCGGACCAGUCAGACAAAAAUGCAGGGGGCAAAGAAGAGGACUUCGAAAUACAUAAAAAGGAGGACAGCAUUCAGAAGAAGAGGCACUACCGAAGUAACAACAAAGAUGCGUCAUCAGGCAGCGAAUCUGAUGCAGAAAAACCUAGUCGCAAGGAAAGGAAAGUCAGGUCUCUCUCGCGUUCUCCCACCAGACGACCACGCCAUGGUGAGACUCGGGAGGUACAUCGAGAAAGAGAACGUGAAAGAGAGAGGGAUCAUCGUGAUAGAGACAGAGAGAGGGAGAGAGAUGCUGAAAGGAGGCAUUACCAGCGCUCUAUGGAGCGCAUGUCUGCAGUGGAGAGAGAUAGGGAAAGGGAACGUGACAGGGAACGUGAACGUGAACGGGAACGAGAACGAGAAAGAGAACGAGAGAGGAGAAGAGAGAGGGACAAAGAGAGAGAAAGGCACCGUAUGCCACCACCUGUUGCGCAUCGUCCUCCAUCCAGGAGGAGGAGCCCAAGGAGAAGUCCUCCUAGGAAUAGUCGCAGUGGUAGCAGACGAUCACCAUCUCCGCAUCGCUCUAGAUCACCGCUGAGAAGCAACCACAGUUCCAUUGACAGACUGGAAAGGCGACGAUCAUCUCCUGUGCCUAUUAAGGAAGAAAGAAGGAAAAAACCAAUCCCUGUAUAUUCUAAGUCACGAAGUAUAUCUCCUGCAGCACGUAAGAGGAAGCAUUCACGCAGCUUGUCAAGAACUCCAUCGCCUUUUAAGAAGGUGUCCAGCAGAGAACAUGAAGUCAGCCCGGAGAGGAAAUCAAAAAACAAACCUAGAAGGACAUGGGAGGUGCUGAUGGUCGGCCCUGCUGGUUAUAGGUUUUCUCCAAAUGCUGCCUCUGAUCAUCCUGUACAAGAAAGAAUCUGUUCGCCAGAGGUUCGUCGUGAGAAGAAACGAUCUGCCCCUCCAAGGCAUUCUUCACCACCACCACCAGAGGAUGACGAUGAUGAUGAUGAUAGGGAAGAGAUAGAUGAAGAGGAAGAUGAAAGGCAGCAGGAAGAGGAAUCACCACCUCGUAGACGCAGCAAUGAGCACAAGACUGUGAGGAAACGGUCCGAGUCGCCUAUCGCUUCUAAAGUAAAGAAACAUGAAGAAAAGAAGCAUAAUGUUUCUCAGAGUUCAGAGUCUCCAUCUCCAAAAAGAAAUAAACUGGAAUCACAAGAGAAACGCGUUAAAAAGCAAGAGACAUCUGGAUCAGAGGACUCUGCUGAAGAGAGAGAGAAAGUGUCAAAAAAGAAAAGGCUUGUUUCAACUUCUGAGGAAGAAAUCAAGAUAAAGAAGAAGAAAAAGAAGAAACAGAAAGAAUCCAGUAGUGAGUCUGAUAUGAAUAGUGACAUUGAAGUGGAGGGGAAGAAGAAGAAGAAAGACAAGAAGCACAAAAAGCACAAGAAACACAAAAAACAUAAGAAGCACAAGAAACGCAAGAUGGAGGAAAGUGAUGCCGACAGUGACUCAAGUGUUGCAGAAAACACAGAGGAACUUGAAAGACGUUUGAGAGAACGUGCAUUAAAAUCAAUGAAGAGAAGUGAGGACGACAAUAGCAAGUGAAAUGCUGAUGACUGACUGCAUAUGUGCAGCUGUAUAGAAGACGACGUUCCUUAUUAGUUGAUUCAAGCUACAUGUUCAGACUGACAGAUGUAUAGCAUUCUUCAUUUUCCCCCACACACGAGCUCGCUGGUCAGUGUGAAUGUAGCAAAUGUGUUCAGUGCACCGUGAACUUGGAGAAGUGUUGGAAUGUGAUGUAAUCAUUGUGGUCCAAUGUAACAUUUUUUUCACAAACUGUGCCACAGAAGAAACAUUUUAAUGUAUAGUAAGGUCUCAUUUUGUAAGUGUUAGAAAUGUGUGCUCAUUAAAGGUGACUGAGUACUGUUGAAAAUGUAUGAUGAUUUUUCACAUAAAUAUUUAAAGAGAAAAAUAAACUUGAUGUUCUUUU